CUAUGCAUUCACCGCCGGUUAAUUUUUUAGGUUUCUUCGGUUGCAGGUUCGGAAUGGCAGAACCUUCCAAAGUAAUUCAUGUCCGCAAUGUUGGGCAUGAGAUUUCUGAAAAUGAUUUGCUUCAGCUGUUUCAGCCAUUUGGUGUCAUUACCAAGCUUGUGAUGCUCCGAGCAAAGAAUCAGGCCCUUCUUCAGAUGGAAGAUGUUUCUGCAGCUGUUAAUGCCCUUCAGUUUUAUACAAAUGUCCAGCCGAGCAUAAGAGGGAGGAAUGUCUAUAUCCAGUUUUCAUCGCACCAAGAAUUAACAACGGUGGAACAAACCACUCAUGGACGAGGAGAUGAGCCAAAUCGUAUUCUCUUAGUCACGAUCCAUCACAUGCUGUACCCGAUUACAGUGGAUGUGCUUCAUCAAGUUUUUUCUCCUUAUGGAUUUGUGGAGAAGAUCGUCACUUUCCAAAAGUCGGCUGGUUUUCAAGCUCUUGUGCAGUAUCAGUCACAACAGUUUUCUGUUUCUGCCAGAACAUCUCUGCAGGGCCGUAACAUAUAUGACGGAUGUUGUCAGUUGGAUAUCCAAUUCUCAAACCUCGAGGAGCUGCAAGUAAACUAUAACAAUGAGCGUUCUAGGGAUUACACAAAUCCAACUCUGCCACCAGAGCAGAAAGGCCGUUCAUCACAUCAGCCUGCCUAUGGUGACGUAGGAGUUGCGUAUCCUCAGAUGCCAAAUGCUGCUGCAAUUGCAGCUGCCUUUGGAGGAGGACUUCCUCCUGGUAUAACUGGCACAAACGAUAGGUGUACAGUCCUUGUCUCCCAUCUGAAUCCCGACAGAAUUGACGAGGAUAAGCUAUUCAAUCUUUUCUCCCUUUACGGGAACAUUGUAAGGAUUAAGCUUCUUCGGAACAAACCUGACCAUGCCCUUGUUCAAAUGGGUGAUGGUUUCCAAGCUGAACUGGCAGUGCACUUCCUAAAGGGAGCUGUGCUGUUUGGUAAGCAAUUAGAAGUAAACUUUUCAAAGCAUCCGAACAUAACUCCAGGACCCGACUCACAUGACUAUGUCAAUUCUAACCUUAACCGCUUCAAUCGCAAUGCGGCAAAGAACUACCGCUACUGCUGCUCUCCAACAAAGAUGAUCCACCUUUCAACUCUUCCCCAAGACGUCACAGAAGAUGAAAUCUUGAACCAUCUCCAAGAACACGGGGCAAUUGUUAACACAAAAGUCUAUGAGAUGAACGGGAAAAAGCAGGCCCUCAUGCUGUUUGAAGAAGAGGAGCAAGCCACUGAAGCACUCGUGUGCAAGCAUGCGACUUCUCUAGGCGGGUCGAUUAUCAGAAUCUCCUUCUCCCAAUUACAGACGAUAUGAGGCGAGAAAAUGCAGCCUAAGGAGGUAGCAGUGGUAGGGUGUUGAAAUUGUGUGCUGAAACCACUUGAAUCUCUCUGCUCUGUUCUUGGUACUUCUGUUCUGUCCUGUGGUCCGUUUUAACUACCUGUGGAAUUCUCUGUCUUUUCAUUUUCCCCCUUUUUUGGUUCCUUUGUUGAUUUUUAAGGCUUUCUCUCAUGGUAUAACGCAUUGGCAGAGGGGAGAGUUGGGGUUUGGUUUAGAGUUUGGAAGUAGAGAAGAAUCACUUUUGUUGUAUCAUCCAUCCAAUGUGUGUUUUAUGUCUCUGUAUCAAAAUCUCAUAUUGCAAUCCACAGGAUUUUUCUUA